GCUCCUCCUGUGAACAGUGACCAAAGCAGCCUCCAUGAUGAUGAAUACCCUCCUAAGGAUGGUGAAAAUGAAUUUCAACUUGAAUGGCCAGACUGUAUACAGAUGUGCAAAGUUUCAAUGUGCCUCAACAAAAACUGCUUCUCUGAAUUGUGAAGUGACAUGCUCACUGGUCAGUCAACCUGAGUGGGAAGAAAGCUCUUCUGUUUGGAGGCUUUGGCUUGCCUCUUGCACUUUUUCCAACUCGAGGGGAGAUGAUACGGCAAAACAUGUCGGCAGUUUGCAGAGUACCCAGCAGUCAUUCUCAAAGUAUGGCACUGGAAGUGGAUUGCGACCACGUACCGAAGGCGUCGGCCGCCGACUCCUCCUCCAGCGGCGGCGGCGGGCAGCUGAAGCUGAAGGACAGACACAAGCUGCUGCUGGAGGAAGCCUUCCAGCAGGACGUGGAGCAGUACCUGUCCACCGGUUACCUCCAGAUCGCCGAGAGGCGAGGGCCAAUAGGCAGCAUGUCGUCCAUGGAGGUCAACGUAGACAUGCUGGAGCAGAUGGACCUGAUGGACAUGUCGGACCAUGAGGCGCUCGACGUCUUCCUGCACUCGGGCGGAGAGGACAACAGCGCUGCCUCGCCGGUCGCAGGCCCCGAGUCUUUGAGCGCCGAGAUCAGCCUCGCGGUUCCCGAGCUGCGCCACAAGCUGUCGCCGGCGUGCGCCCGCGACGCAGAUGAAGAAGACGACGGCGAUGAAGAGGAGGGUAAAGAAGAGGAGGAAGGGGCCAGGAGGACCAUGAGGAGGAGGAGGAGGAAGAGGGCGACCCCGCCGGUACCGACGCCCGACCGCCAAGACGGGUCCCCCAAGGUUUGAUGAAGCGGGUGGGUGUGAGGGGGAGGUGGUGGACGGAGAUAACAUGCCCCCCCCUGCUCCCCCCACCCUGCGACUGCCACUUGACGUCUGCCUUAAAGAGCACACAACAAGUUUAUGACCUUUAUGAUCAGCACAACAGUUGAGCUCGGGUCCACAUGUUGUGUUAUGAUUUGGAUUCCGAAGUACAAAAAGCGCUGAAAACAAGCACAAGGCGACAACCGUAAAAACGUGACAUGAAACCGACUGGACACUUUGUCAGUGUCGACAUCACCGAGGAAAAAAAUGUGAUGACAACCAUAGAAGACGAAAUGGCCCUUACCUUUGCUAUUUGCUUUUUUUCUUGAGCUUCUGCGUUGCCCUUUGGGGGCUUCAAUGUUUCAAUCUGAGCCAUAGCUUUCAGAUUCUCCACGUGGAGCAAAUCUCAUCAUGUAUUUGAAAAGUUGGCACUUUGAUUCUGUGUGUCUGUGCGGGGCCGAGUGAAGAGUUGUCGAUAAUUUUGAGUGCGCUGUGUAUAUCUUUUGUGUAGUGCACGUUGUUUCCCUCCGGAGAAGAGUGAAAUAAAAAGGUCACCUGAG